GAGGUGCGGGAGCCAGCAACAAGAGCGUAACAGGACAUCGACAGUCAGUCCCUCCUUUUCCUCCUCCUCCCGUUCUGCUUUUCCAUCCCUCCACCCAAUCUCCACUCACCGUGGUCAUUCUCAGAAGAGUUGUCGCCUGACUAGUGACAUGUGGAUGCGUGUAAUGGAGAUGGAUGGUUGCUGGCUCUGCCACACCAUGGAACAGGCCGACUCUCCCUUAACGCCUGUCUGCCGUCCUCCAUCUGUCUCCCCGUGACAGCAGCUCAACCCCCAGAAGAGAGCCCAGGCUGAAUGUCGACCUGAUCAGUACAGAGUUCGUUUCCUUCCAGUGGUGAGACGGGCAGACCCUUGAGCAGGCACUGUGUGAACGAGCACAUGUCGGUGGCGCGCGAAUCGGAAGGGAGGGAAGGAAGGAGUCGAGACGAACCAGUCGCCAGCGGAGCUAUAGACAGCGGAUGAACCGAGCUAUUCGUUUGGCACCGUUCUAUUUCCCCCCAGCAGCUGUAAGCAGCGCCCGUCGUCCCGGAGCGUGUCCGACAAUGAUGCUCACAUUCGUCCAUUUCCUAGGAAUGCUGGUUUGCGGCAGUCAAGCUGCCCUGCAGGUGUCAAUAUCUCUUAGCAAAGUGGAACUAAGUGUUGGAGAGUCCAAGUUUUUCAUCUGCACAGCUAUUGGAGAAACACUGAGGCUUGAGUGGUACAAUCCCCAAGGAGAGCGCAUCGUCACCUCCAGAAGGAUUGCACUUCACACAGAAUCAUCGCGAUCAAGGCUAAUCAUUUACAACGCCAUAAUCGAGGAUGCAGGCAUCUACCGCUGCGUGGCCACCGACACCAAGGGUGAGAGCAAGGAGGCUUCAGUGGUGCUGGAGAUCUACCAGAAGCUGAUGUUCAGGGACAUCCAGUCACCACAGGAGUUCCGACAAGGCGAGAUGGCCGAGGUGGUGUGUGAUGUCAUCAGCUCACCGGUGCCUGUGGUGGUGUGGUACUACCAGGAGAGGGAAAUCACAGAGGAGCAACACAGCAAAUACCAGCUGCUGGAGAACAACAACCUACAGAUCCAGUAUGUGACCAAGGCAGAUGAGGGUGUGUACCGCUGUGAGGCCAGCGUGGAGGCCCGUGGGGAAAUCGACUUUGUGGACAUUGCUGUGUUGGUCAACGUCCCACCAGUGUUGACAGUGUACCAGCAGUCCUUCAACGCCACAGCUGACUACCAGGAAUCUGUCACCUUCACUUGUAUUACCUCUGGAUCGCCUGACCCCGUCGUGACAUGGCACAGGAAAGAACAGCAGUUGGAGCCUUCAGAGCAGUAUAUUUUCAACAGGCUGGAAGGUGGACACCACACUCUGACCAUUCACAACAUCCGGCAAGGUGAUGGAGGCAUUUACUUGUGCAGGGCCACUAACAAAGCUGGAUCUCAGGAGCGUGAACUCUUCCUCAAGGUGUUUGUCCAGCCUCAUAUCACACAGCUGAAAAACGUGACAGCCGUGGAGGGCAGUGCCACUAUGAUCUCCUGUGUGGCUGAAGGGGAGCCGCUGCCUGACAUUUCCUGGAGAAGAGCCAGUGAUGGUCAGACCUUUGUGGAUGUGGACAAGAGGCUAGACAGUCGUUUUGAAGUCCGUGGUCGACACGGCAAGUCUGUGUUGACCAUUAGUCGAGUGAUGCUCAGUGACCUCGGACGCUUUGACUGUGAAGCGCAAAGCAGGAUAGGAGGUCAUCAGAAAAGCAUGUUCCUUGACAUUGAAUAUAUACCAAAGUUCCUGACCAAUCAAACUGUCUACUACUCAUGGGAGGGAAAUCCAGUCAACAUCAGCUGUGACGUGACCUCCAACCCUCCUGCCACCAUGCUGUGGAGGAGAGAGCCCUUCACCAUCUCUGCAGACGGGACAGCCAAUAUGCGUGUGUACAGUGCAGUUGGCAAGUCAGUGUUGGAGGUGACUCCAAUGUCUGACAGAGACUUCGGCCACUACAACUGCACAGCGAGAAACAACAUUGGUGUUCGAUACCAGGACUUCAUCCUGGCUCAGGCAGAUGUACCAUCAAAUCCAUACUCGGUGCAUCUGUCAGCCGUGUCCCAGCGUUUGGCAACUGUCACGUUCAUGAAGCCUGAUCUGCAUGGUGGUGUACCCAUCAGCUAUUAUCUGGUCCAGUACAAGGAGCUCAGCUCACCAGAUUGGCGGGACAUCAAGUCACACAGUGUCCAAACAACGGUUGUGCUAACUGGACUGGAGCCCAACACCACCUAUGAGGUUCGGGUGGCGGCUGUCAAUGGAAAAGGUCAAGGGGAGUUCAGUAACUUGGAGACCUUUCAGACUUUGCCCAUCCGGGAGCCAAGUCCACCGGCAGUCCACGGCCAAAGGGGAAUGGGCAAAACCUACAGGUUGGGGCUGGUGAAGCAGGAUGACGGAGGGAUGCCCAUUGUAGAAUACAUAGUCAAGUACAAGACUGAUAAAGAGGAACAGUGGAUGACCAAGCUAGUGCCUGGAGCAAAUGAUUUUGCAAUGCUGCAGCCGCUGCAGUGGAACACCAGAUAUGAAGUGGAAAUCACAGCACGCAAUGUCAAGGGCCUGUCAGAGCCGACCUUCUAUCAGUUCUUCAUGCCACAGGAACCUGACAUCACAGCAGAAUCCCUCUUCAAUGGCCUUGGCCUCGGGGCAGUUGUUGGUCUUGGAUUUGGAGCGCUCCUACUUUUCCUCAUCUUGGUUGACAUAAGCUGUUUCUUCCUGCGUCACUGUGGCCUGCUGAUGUGCAUCACGCGCUUUCUGUGCAGCAAGAAAACCGCCACCGGGGGCAAGGGCAAGGAAAUAGAGGAGGGCAAGGCUGCCUAUUUGAAGCUGCCACUGAAGGAAGAAAAUGGAAAAGAGUCUCUCAAGCCAGAUACGAUUGAAAUCAAGGUGCACAGGGACAACAGCAUCCACAAAAAGACUGAUAACAGCAGGGCGUAGGGGAGGGGGGUCAGUUCCCAUGCUACUAAAAGAACAUUCGGAUCACAAGACCAAAACCCUGAGAGUCUAAAACACUGGGAAAAAAAGAUUGACUAAAACAUAUCUGUUUCUAACGAUGCCCCAGAGAAAGGCAUGUGUAAAUAAAAAUAAAGAGUGAAAACACAGAGGGAAAAGGGAGUUUGCUGAGCGAUAAAUGUACAUUGUUUGUGCUCACGUGCCAUAAAUGAUAAAUGCAGUUUGUUGUUGCUUUUAUUACUAUCAUUUUAGUGUUGUUGUUUUUUUUUAUUCUUCAAUGCUUUAUGGGACACAAGAAAUGUUGAAAAAUGGUACCAGCCCACAGGUUAGGCAGUCAUGUAUUAAUCUCCAGUUCCCCUAAAGCCCAAACCAAGCCAAGGUAUCCAGCCAAUGAGCAGAACAUGCUGUAGCAGUGUCAUCUAUACCAGCUAGCUUCAACAGAGAGAAAAAAAAAAACACCAAAGACCUGAAUUCUAUGUUACUUACUCCAAACUAUUAAGACCAUUUUGACCUGUUCUGUCAAUAUAUUCAUCUAAAAAGCAGCAAAGACUGGAUCUCCAGGAAAAGAAUCAAAUGAUCUCAAUGAUUUCAAAUGAAAUAUUGAAACAUCUUCUGAAGUAGUUUUGGAUCAUCUGUGGCACCGAUGAUCAGAAACUACUUAACAAACGUUUUUUUGGGUGUAAUGUGCAAUAUAGAAAUCUACACAUUUAUGCUGAAAAAUGUUGUUAAAAAUCAUCUGAACUGAAGACAAAACGACUAAGAAUCUCUCACCUGUUGUGUCAUUUUUUUGAUGAUAUACAAUUUUCUUGUGUGUAUCUGUGUGACUUUGAGGUUAAUAUACCUUAAUAUUCAAAAGGCUCUCUUUAUGAACGCUUCUCGGAUGAAACCUUUUUGUUUUAAAAAUGAAAUGAUAAUGUAACAAUGUGUUUUACAGUCGUGCCCAGUAGAAAAUCCGUUUCCCAGAGCUGUUUGGUUUUUAUAGCAGGCAGUCAGUGUGCCUCUUCUUUUUACCCCCCGCCCCUCCCUCGUCCCCCCGACCGUCCUGCUGACUCAUCGUCAUUGCAUUAAUGGUGACUUUAAGUAAAGACUAUUAUGGUGAUUCUGUGAAUUCCUAAAAUUGUAGUCAACUACACUGAACAAAUACUGUACAACUACCUAGUGUGACUGUAAGUGGUUACACAACUAUGGUUUUAGUGUCAUCAAAUGUAUAUCUUUACAUGAAUGCUCCAUAAAUGAGAGGCAUCUCUGUGUUGAACAUGUCUUCAUCUGGUGUGUAUUAAUACGUGUGUGUGUGUGUGCCUAAGUUAAUUUAUUUUAAGUGUGAACCUACUUAUCAAAACAAAACAAUGAAAAUAACACUGGCAUUUGAAGGUAGCAAUACAUGCUGCUAUUUCUUUUCUUUUUUUUACUUCUUUGUGAAUUCUCCUGACUAUUGAUGAGAGUUAAUUUUUAGUAAUACGCUGCUCUGCUGGUCUGAUUAUGUUUGUGACUGCACAGCAGACAUCAGUAUCCAAGGUAAAUGGAUCUCCCUCGGAGUGUGGAGUUGGCAAAAGCUCUCUCGCAGAGUUUUGGAGCACACACUCCUGUAGGUAAAACCUAAUUAUGUUGUUCUCGACAGUGAUUAAUUCCCUUGGUGCCCAAAUCAGCGCUAUGCCCACUGCCUCUGCAGUCUGCCUACCCACUGCUCGCUCCUCCCGAGAAUCCGUUUUUGUCAUUCCUUUAGUGCUGCCUUUGUUUUCCUUUACCUGCAUCUCUCACGUUGGUGACGGUGCCGUGGUUUGGCUCAGCAGCCUUUUCUAACGAAUGUAAAUAUGGGAGAACAGUGCCUGGUGGCUCUAUGAUUUCUAAAUCUUCUGUAUUUGAAUAUGAUAAUUCCUCUCCCUCUUUCUUUGCAUCUGUCCUUUUCGUCUCCUCUGACCUGCCUUCUUUGUGGGGGGGAUACAACAGGUGUGUUUGAGCUCAGUGUACAGUAUAUGUAUCCGCUCAGUCCCCCUGCUCAUUGUUUACCCAGAACUGUCUUCUGCUGACUUUGUUUGGUGCAGGAGGUGGGAAGUAUUAAUGUCUCUCUGUAUGUACCUGUGAAACACAAGUGACUCCUGUCAUUUGCCAGUGUAAAUAAACAUAUCCUGGUGGAAGAGA